AUGUGGAGGAUCGUGGAGUGGAUCACGCAUUCGGCAAUUCGACCGCCCGGUGUGGCGCUGUCGUUCCGCGUCCAGGUCGCUACGACAGUGCUGUCGGUCGUGAUCCUCCUUGUGUUUUACGUGGGCGCGAUCUCGAAAGUCGACUACGGCUUGUGGGUGAAGCAACAGGACUGGGAGUGGAAAGACGGCGCGCCUGGCCUCGUCAACGGGUUCUCGUUCGCGAUGUGGUUCUUCCUUGGAAUUGAAGAGCUGCCGCUUGCUAUCGAAGACACGAUCGACCCGCACGUGAACAUGCCGAAAGGUCUCCUUUCGUCCAUCGCGACGUUGCUUGUCCUGGCAUUUGCAACGUCCUUCUUCAACACGGCCAUCGCGCCAGGGGCCGCGGCCAUCUUUGCAUCGGCGUCGCCGCUCUUGGACGGAUACAAGACUAUCUUUGGCGACAACAGCGUCACAUCAGGGUUCUCUUGGCUGUUAAUCGUCGGCCUCUUGGCGAGCUUCCACUCGUUCAUCUAUUGCAUGGGACGCCUCGUGAUGGCGAUGGCCCGCGAUGGAUUUCUGCCAUCCAUGUUGGCCAAAGUCCACCCGGUACGCCAAACGCCGACGGUCGGCAUCCUCGUCGGAUCCGUGCUCGGCUUGGUUACGGUGAUCAUCAUGUAUUACGCGAUCGGGUUCGUACGCCUUGGCGCAGUACUCAUCAAUUUGGCUCUCCUUGGGGCCCUCAUCUCGUACGCUUUCCAACUGGCGUCGUUCCUGGCGCUGCGCAUCCGCGAGCCGGAUCUCCUUCGCCCGUACAAAUCUCCUUUCGGCGUGCCUGGGGCGAUCUUGUGCUUAGUCUUGGUAGCCUACGCCGUCUUUACGAUCAUCCACCAAGGAUCGGCCAGCACAGAUUUUUUGGUGUCGAUCGUGAUUGCGGCCAUAUAUUUUGUCGUGGGUGCCGUCUGGUUCGUCGGGUUCGCUCGCCACCACAUCCAUCCGCUGCGCUUGCUCCACGACGGCUACGUCCAUGUCGAGUCGCCCGCUGCGAAAGGAACCACCGUGUAA